CAGGAGAGCAGAGGGGGGAAGGCCCUGGGAGAGGAGCACCCACUUCUGUCCUCCAUCUUCCUCCCUACCUUUCUUCCUUCCUCUGAACUGACUUCCUCCUGCUCCUGGCUCCUCCCCAUUGAACAACAAACUGCAUUGAAUUCUGUGUCUUGGCAAGUCCUUCCUGUUGCAGAGGUCUGCCUAGAGAGCGUGCAAAGCAGCAGUGUUCACACAGGCGAUGAAGAGCUGGCCUUCAGGGACACCCAGCCUCCUUACGUAAACCCACCCCCUCCCUUUACUGGGUUGAUCGAAGGGGGUCUCCAGGAUGGGCACAAGAUCACCAUCAUGGGGAGUGUUCUUUUCACAGGCGAAAAAGGCUUUGCAGUGAACUUUCAGAUGGACUACAAUGACAGUGAAAUUGCCUUCCACUUCAACCCGCGGUUUGAAGGAAGCAGGUAUGUGGUCUGCAACAUGAAGCAGCUAGGAAACUGGGGGCCAGAGGAGAAGAAGAUGCAGAUGCCCUUCCAGAAGGGGAGUCCAUUUGAGAUCUGCUUCGAGGUAGAGAGGUCCGCGUUCAAGGUGAUGAUGGUGAACAAGAACAUCUUCAUGGAGUAUGCACACCGUGUGCCCUUCCACCAAUUCAACAGCAUCUCCAUCAAGGGCGGCGUGCAUCCGUUUCUUGUCUCUGUCACUCUCUACCAUCCCCCUGGUGAGGAGGCCCUGUGCUUCUCGAAAGAACCUGGAAUCAAACUGAAUACAGCUCAGAUCCCCGGCUCUGCCAUUUUCAUUGGCUGCGGAAUCUUAGGCGAGCGACUUCACCUCUCCCAGACUUAG